AUGUUCUUAUUUUUAUACUUUAUUAUAUUUACAAUUACUAGUUUAAUUGUAUUUGUGUUCUCUAACUACCUCAAUGUUAUAUAUUUUUUGGAUAUUUAUAAACAGUGGUUCUUUAAUGACAUUCAUAAUUUUCAAUUGUAUGAUUUUAUUAUUGUUGGAGCUGGUACUGCAGGUGCAAUUUUAACUAAAAGAUUAGCAGAACAUGGAUAUACAAUAUUAUUACUUGAAGCUGGAGGAGUUGCACCACCUUUUUUAGAUAUCCCAUUAUUAGCUCCUCUCAUUCAGAACACUCCAUAUGAUUGGCAAUACAUCACUGUACCACAACAGAAUGCUUGCAAGGGUUUAAAGAACAAUCAAAGCAAAUGGCCAAUGGGUAAAAUCCUUGGUGGAACUAGUAGAUUAAAUUAUAUGCUCUACGUACGAGGACAUCCUUUAGAUUAUAAGGAUUGGUUUCCAGAUUUUAUUGAACCUAUUAAAGGAAAUGAUGGCCCAAUGCAUAUAAUUGAUAUAGGAUGGAACACUGGUCUUGCCGACAUAAUUUUAAAAGGAUUGCAAGAAUUACGUCAAGACAUUGGAAACAUCAAUGAUAAUUUAAAAACUGGUUUCAUGAAAGCACAAUUAUCUAUGGAAAAUGGAAAACGGUGGAGUACAGACAAAUUAUUGUAUGAAUAUCUAAAAACUAAAUUGUCCAUUAUUACUCAUGCUCAUGUGGAAAAAGUAUUAAUGGAAUCGAACAGAGCAAUAGGAGUGCAGUUUAUUGCAUUAAAUAAAACAUUUAAAGCAAUUUCAAAAAGAGGUGUUAUUCUGUGUGCUGGUGCGAUUGGUACUCCAAAAUUAUUAAUGUUGUCUGGUAUUGGACCAAAAGAACACUUGGAAAAUUUAAAAAUAAAUGUCAUUAAUGAUUUACCAGUUGGUCAACAUUUAGUUGAUCAUGUGCUUACUGGAAUUGAUCUAAUUAUGCUUAAUACAAGUAUAGGUCUUAGUAUGGCUAGUACUUUAAAUCCGAUGUCAGCAUUAAAUUACUUUUUUUUUGGAAAAGGGCCUUGGACAUUUUCAGGAGUUGAAGUUUUGGGAACAUUUCAUAGUUCUACUCAAAAAAAUAAAUCAAAUAUACCAGAUUUACAAAUAAUGGUAAUGCCACUUGGGCUAUCAAGAGAUAAUGGUAUUGUUUUAAAAGAAGCUAUGGGAAUUUCCGAAAAAGUAUAUAAAGAAUACUUUGCUCCUAAUUCAUAUAAAAACACAAUAACAAUUGCUCCAGUGUUAUUACAUCCAAAAAGCAAAGGAGAAAUCAAAUUAAGUAGUAAUAAUUCUCUUGACCCACCUUUAAUUGAUCCAAAAUAUUUGACAAAUAAAGAUGAUAUUGCAACCCUUAUAGAUGGGUUGCAAUUUGUAAAAAAACUUAUUGAAACCAAUGCAAUGAAAAGUGUUGGUGCAACUAUUUAUAAAAAACAUUACCCUGGUUGUGAAAAUGAAAUAUUUGAUAGCACAAAAUAUUGGGAAUGUUACAUACAACAUUUAACUUUAACUUCAUAUCAUCCUGCCGGUACAUGUCGAAUAGGUGAUGUUGUUGAUGAAAUGUUUAAGGUUUAUGGUACAAAAAAUUUAUAUGUAGUUGAUGCAUCUGUAUUUCCGGUUUUACCAAGUGGUAAUAUUAAUGCUGCAGUUAUAAUGAUUGCCGAAAAAGCUGCACGUAUAAUUAAACAUAAUACAAAAGUUUACAUGAAUCAUACAGAAUGUCAUAAAUUAUAUAAUUAUUAUUACAUACCUAAUGAUUAAUAUAUGAGAAAUAUAAUUCUUUUAUUGAAUACUAAUUUUAAUUUAAUUUAAGUAAACAAAAGUAAAUCAUAUAAGAAGUACAUCUUAUAUUGUCUAACAUUUAACAUCCAGGAAAUUCUACUAUAAAGUGUAUAUUUAUGUACAAUAUUUAUAUAUUAUAUAUUUUUUAUUUUAGUAAAUUAGACCUAAGAUUGCAAAAAAUUUUUCAUUUUUUUUAUAAGCAAAUGAGACUUGUUAUUAUUUGUAAAUAAUGAAAGUUAUUUGUAUGUGUGUUUUAUGAAAUAUUAAUAAGUAUGUCUGUUAUUUUUAUAACUGUGUUUGAAAUAGUGAUUGCUAUUAUGACCGUUACGAUUUGUAGUAGAGCUAUGGUCCAUGUGAUGACUAAUAUGUUUAUGUUGAUCUCUAUGAUAAGGAUGUGGCCGUUGAGAUCUUCUAUCAUUGUUAUUCUUAUUCUCAUUGUUAUAAGAACAAUUAUUUGUCUCUGUCAUCUGUAAAUCUGUGUUUAAUAUCAUAUUUGUUCCAAAUGGAUCAUUUAAAUGAGACAUAUAAUUUCCUAAGAUUAUUGCCUGGCCUAACUGAAGCCAAUUAUUGAAAUUUAUAAAAUUGUCCGGUGAGUUGUUUAUUUGUGGUAAUUCUACAUUUUUCCGAUGGCUUAUAUUAAGAGUGCGAUUAAACAGAGAUGUACCACUGAAUAGUUCUAAAGCAUAUGAUACAGAAUUAACGUGUUUAUAUGUUACAAAUCCAAAUCGUCUUUGUUUGCCAUUACGAUCUUUAGGAAUAGUGACGUUUUCUACUGGACCAGCCUAUAAAAUUGAAGAAAAUACUUUUGUCAAAGAUCAAAUAUAAAAAUAAACUAUGCAACAUAAUAGCUUCA